AUGGCGACCAAAACUAGCAUCACCUUCUCUGUGCACGAAGUUGCUCCGGCCACGGAACCCUUUCCUAGAGUGGGCCUGAAGCACCUCUUCCAGCCUUUUUGCGACAAUCGCCAGGCACCUCUCAAAAUACUUGCGGUAGACAACAGCGUGGCCAAGACUUUGGUGAAGACGGAUGAUGAUUACCUGAGCAUCAGCAACGGAUUCGUGGGAGCUUGCGUGUCUGCAUGGAACGAGCACUAUGAUCUGGAGCUCAGCCCGGACGAUAUCUGGAUUGCCAUUGCUCAGGGGCUUGCAGCACAUGUCAAUGCAAACGCGAAAAAGCUCCGCGCUGCCUUCGUCGACCAUUAA